AUGAGGUCCAUCAUUAACCUCGCCAUUGCGGCAUCCCUCGCCGCCGGUGUUGUUGCUCAACCCCACAACCACCGUCACCGCCACGUCAAGAGGGACACCGCUCUCGACCAGCGCGACGUUGUCGUCGUGUACGAGUCCGGCCCGACUGUGGUCGCCUACGAAUUGGGAGGAAAGCCUAUUAGUGAAGAGGAGGCCAAGAAGGGCAUCGCCGAUGGCCUGUUCGUUGUCGUCGGCGAGACCACCCCCUCCUCGACCCCUCUGCCGUCGGCCUCGACCUCCAAGGCCCCCGUGGCUUCCACUUCUAAGGACGCCCAGUUCUUCGAGGCCAAGGUUGCGAAGUCUUCCACCUCGUCCACCCCGACGCCUACCCCGACGCCGACUCCUACCCCCACCCCGACCCCGACGCCUUCCUCCACCUCUACUCAGGCGCCCGCUUCCACCAAGGCCUCGAGCGGAGGCUCCAGCAGCUCCGGAGGCAAGGGCCUGACCGCCGAGUUUCCCAGCGGCACCAUUCCUUGCUCCCAGUUCCCCUCCGACUACGGCGCCGUUGCCGUCGGCUAUCUCGGCACCAACGGCUGGACUGGCAUCCAGAGAACCCCCAACUACAGCGUCGGUGACGCCGCUAUCUCAUUCAUCGAGACUGCCGUUGCCUCUGACGGCGGCUGCUCCAAGAACUCCUUCUGUUCCUACUCUUGCCCCGUUGGCUACCAGAAGACCCAAUGGCCCACCGCCCAGGGCUCGACCAAGCAGUCUAUUGGUGGACUUUACUGCAACGCCGAUGGCUACCUCGAGCUCUCCCGCCCUACCAAGAAGACCCUCUGCGAACAGGGAGCCGGCGGCGUUUUCAUUCAGAACGACCUCGACGACAUCUCCUGCGUCUGCCGUACCGACUACCCCGGUACCGAGUCCAUGGUCAUCGCCACUGUUCCCCAGCCUGGCCAGCAAUUGGCUCUCACCAACCCCGCCUCCGCCGACUACUACGUCUGGAACGACAGCCCUACCACCGCCCAGUACUACGUCAACAAGCUCGGCUACGGUGUCGAGGAUGCCUGCGUCUGGAAGAGCUCCAAGGACCCUCUUGGAGCUGGUAACUGGGCUCCCGUUAACAUUGGUGUUGGCAAGAGCACCGAUGGCAACACCUACAUCUCCAUCUUCAACAACGCACCAACAUCGACUGCCCAGCUUGAUUUCAACAUUGAAAUCACGGGUGCUAACAGCAAGUGUGCGCUUGUUGGCGGCUCCUACACCGGAGGUGGCACUGGCUGUACUACGGCCAUUUCCGGCAGCGCAAAGGCCAUCAUCAGAUUCUACAAGUGA